ACUCAACUCUGAACACUAUGGCCUCCAACUCGUCGUUCUCGUCUGUGCGCCUGUCCGAGAUGGACAAGUGGGUCCGUGCCAACGGCGGCGUGUCUGGCAUUGCCAACCGUGCCAUGCGCAGCUAUGCGUCCAAGUUCAUGGCCCGCCCGGGCAACCUCGCCGCUCCGGUCAUGCACCUCAUGGUCGGCGCCAUGGCCAUUGGCUACAUCCUUGAGAUCCCGCACCUCAUGGCCCACGAGCAGCAGAAGAAGUACCAUUGAGUCGUGUCCCAGCUCGGCGACCUUGCCGCGCGCGUCUAUCAAUACACACCUCCAUCAGCGUA